AUGGAUCCUCGUUUACAUGUACCAGAUGUCUUAAAACGAUAUUUAUUAUUCAAAGCAGCUGAAUAUGAAGAGGAAAAAACAAUAUCACGCCUGGAAAAAAGUGCUCCCGUCGUUAGUAAACUGAAAACUGCACGUGAAACAUUACAAAUGAAAUUACGUGAAAUUGCUAUGGCAUAUCAUCGUGUAAAUAAUCCUGAUGUAGCUUUAGCGGAUUUAUCAAAUGAAUCAUUAUUGAACAUUGAUUUAACGUUUUUUCCUCGUAUUAAUGAAGCAAAUGAAAAUAUAAGUGCCAUUAGUACUUCACAAGAUGAUGAAUCAAUUUCAGACUCGGAAGCCGAUUUGAAUUUUAGAAAAAUUGUACCAAAUUAUGCCUCAUUUAUGAUUUGGAUUGUAAACCAUGAAACACUAGAACAAUUGACACAAGUAAAUUUUAACAAUGUAUUUUAUACCGGUAAUUGUUACUUAAUUUAUGUUGCAACUGAAAUCGGAGGUAAAGCUUCUCCAGAUAUGAUUCCACGCAAAAUUAAAAAGAAAAGUAUGCAAAUUCAUAUUCAUUAUUGGAUCGGUGAAAAUUGUGAUAAAUUUGAAUCAAAAUUUAUUGCAAUGAAAGCCAUAGACUUAUGUAAUUACCUUAAAAAUGCAGCUUCGAUACACCGUGAAUCACAAUUGAAUGAAACACCACGUUUUAAAGCUUAUUUUCGUAAGAAAGGCUUAAGAAUAUUACAAGGUCAACAUGUUCUAAUUGGAUCAGUUGCAUUUCAUUCCCGACCAGCGUUAUAUCGUUUAAUAGGCCACGGAACCACUACAUUGUAUCAAUUGAAGGAAGUGUCUUGGAAGGGUUUAAAUAGUUGCGAAGUUUUUUUGUUACUUGCAAACAAUAAUUUAUUGUUUGUUUGGUUUGGGAGUACCUCAACAAUGUUAGAACGAUUUAAUGGAAUUCGAAUGGCAAAUAUGUUUGAAGAUUUGGGAGAAGAAAUAAUAAUGUGCUUUGUUGAUGAUGGUCGAGAACAAUCAUUGGAUGAUAAUGAGAAACAUAUUUUUGAUCAGGUGUUACCAUUAAACAAAAGAGAAGUAGCCCCAUUUAAGGAUGUAGAAAAUGGUUUUAUUAUGGAUAAAAUAAACACUCCACCUUUAAAAUUAUAUACUUGUACACGAACCGCAUCAGCAGAAUCUAGAUAUAAAUUUAUUGAAUUUGCAAAAGCUCCUUUGGAUUAUACGAUUUUAAAGAGAAAGGAUGUUUAUUUAAUCGAUGAAGCUCCAAAACGGAUUUGGAUAUGGUGCGGAAAUAGUGUAUUUUCUGAUGAACGUGAUAAUGUCAUCCGUAAUGCCCGUGGAUUUAUUAAGAAAAAAAAUUACCGGGAUUCAAUUCCAGUGACUGUUGUACAUCAAAAUUAUGAAUGCGAGGAGUUUAAAUUGUUGUUUGAAAUUUGGGGAAAACUAACCGAAGAUGGUGGUCUAUCAAGCUUGUCAGUAAUUAAUUCAGAUACGCUUUUUGAACGACCGUUUGUAGCGGCUGAAUUACAAUUAAUUGACAGUGGGAAUGGUCGAACAAAAAUGUAUCGUAUUCAUGAUGGAAAAUUAUUUGAGAAAAAUAAGCAAACUGAAAAUGUAUUCUUCUCGAACAAUUGUUAUUUGAUCUUUUAUUUUUAUAAAACUGAUGAAGAGCAGUGUAGUAUUUAUUUAUGGAAGGGAGAAAACUCGAGUAUCGAAGAUCAAAUUAUUGGUGAGAAAUUUAUGCAUGAAAAAGAUGAAGACCUCAAUUUAGGUAGUAUGCUAGUAAAAAUUCAUCAAGGCUAUGAGCCACCGCAUUUUUUACAAAUGUUUCAAGGAAAAUUUACAAUUUUUAAUCAUUAUUACACAGAAUUUGAACUCAUUCGAUUUGAAACUGCAAAACCAAGAAAAUAUUUAUUGGAAGUAAGCGGUUCAAAUUCGUAUUCAGCUAAAGCCAUACAAAUUCCAAUCGAUGCAAGUCGAUUAAAUUCAGUUAACUGUUUUCUAUUACGAUCGACACAAUUUUUUGUUUGGUGUGGCCGAUAUACGACUGGAGAUGAACGUGAAGUUGCCAAAAACUAUGCUCCAAAAGAUUUUAUAUUAGUUUUCGAAGGUUUAGAGCCAAAUGAUUUCUGGGAAGAAUUUGGCGAACGUAAAUUAUGCAAUCAAAUACAAAAAAUAACUAAAGAGAAAACAAUUACUAUUCCAACUCUUUAUUAUUGUUAUCGUGUGAAUACGACGCUGCUAUGUGAACCAGUGAUGUAUUUUAGCCAAUCACAUUUUUCAUCGUUUAACAUAAUUCUCAUUGAUUUUAUUACUGUGUUAUAUGUAUGGGUGGGUGAAAAUAUUUCUAGGAAUGAACAAAAAUAUAUCGAUAAUAUAUGCGAAGAAUACAUGAAAAAUGAUAAUAAAGGACGUUCUUCAAAAAUUUGUGUGGUUAUUAUUAAACAACGCCAUGAACCAUUAAUUUUCACCGGAUUCUUUGAAGAAUGGGAUCCCAAUUUUUGGGAUAAUCAAAGUACAUACAUUACAUUGCGUCAUGAGCUAGAAAGUACUCAAGAACGAGUGAGUCAUCGAAAAUCACCAGGUACACAGACAGAAACGCUUAGCGAUUUUGAAAUUUACCCGAAAUUUCCAAUAAAAGUACUGCUGGGAUCAGUGGAAAAUAUCCCAAAAAUUGUUCGAUUAGAUGAAAAAGAGAUGUAUUUAACGGUCGAUGACUUCUAUGCAACGUUUGGAAUGAGUUACUCAGAAUUUUCAAUAUUACCAAAAUGGAAACAAGAAAUAUUGAAAAAACUAAAAGGUUUAUUUUAA